AUGGAUUCCGAAGAAGAUUCAUCAUCAAUAACCUCUCUUUCCGAAAGAGCGGAGCAUGUAAAGGCAGCUAAGAAGCACCCAUGGAAAAAGCUUCUUUGGUACAAACAGGAUUAUGAGGAUAAUUAUACUGACGCAUCGUUCUUAUCACAGCUGAAACGAAAUUCUACAGUGAUUAACUACUCAUACUGGAAGCUUCUCUCAGACUUUACGUUAAUAGUACUUCAUCUUUCCAUUAUCAUGCUUGUUAUACUGGUCUUCUACGGCAUUUACAAGCUCAAUUGGAAUCCUCUGGUUCCCGCUCUACUAAGUUCUUCAUUAACAGCGCUGGGUUUUAUUGUCUAUGUGAUUACACUGAAGAUCAGAAGAAACAGAGAACUUAUCAAUUUGCAAAAACUAAAGAUCGAGCAACUGACUCGCCCAACACGAUACUCAAAAUUCAAUUCAUCUAAAUCACUCCCCCCUUCUAGAUCACCGUCGCCGUUUCCGCAUAACUUAGAACUCACAGCAAAAGAGUCUACAUUGGACUUGGAGAGGUAUUUGAGAGAACCGAAUCCACCAGAUCUCUUCAACACACUCAAGUCCGCUAUUCUUAUUCUUCUCACUUUACUAACAUUCUCGCCUGUCUUGAAAUCCUUAACAAACUCCACUGCAUCAGAUUCCAUUUGGGCAUUGUCCACCUGGCUUUGUUUGCUCAAUGUACUAUUCAAUGACUACUCGAUUGACUUUUCGCAUACAAGUCGCCAAUCUGAGACGUCAAACUUUGAACUCCAGACAUCCAAUUCCAAUCUGUCGAAAAACAUAUCCCUGUCCAAUGCCAUUGUGCUAGCUUCCAGACUUAACUCGAAUCUCAGCGCUUUCUGCUUCAUAGUCUUCUCAAUUGAGGUUUCUGGAUUGUUCCCUGUCUUCAACAAUUUCACGCGUCGCUGUCAAUUUUGGGCAUUUCACUGGUUUCAGGUGGUAGCCAUCACUGCAGCAGUGGACUUCGCCGUCUACAAAAUAUUUGGCGUGGGUUGGUUCCUGUUAUGGGUGGGCCUGCAGUUCUGGAUAAUGGUGAUUGGACCAUGGCAUUUCAUCAUGUUGCAAAAGUAUAAAGACGAAUUGCAAGGACCAUGGGACCCGGCAAAACCAAUAUUCAAAACCAUUUAA